AUGCCCUCGGUCACGGCCCUGGGCGUGGCCGCCCUCUUCCUGUCCUUCGGGGCAGUGGAGGGUGGCUUGACGCCGAACCCGCCGUUGCGGAAGUCGGCGUCCGUGUCCUACCGGCCGAGCGACGACUGUCCCAGGCUCUGCAGCGUCUCGGGACCAGACCCGGCCAACUGGACCGUGUACCACAGCUUGGACCAGGUGUCGCACUGCCAGGAGACGGUUUUCUACCACUUUGGCAUCAACGACCUGGUGGAUGAUGCCAGCAAGCACCACCGCAUCUACGCCUGCACUUCGUUUGGCGCCUCCAAGAAGGUCGGCUUCGUGGUGCCGGCCGAGAAGACGGCGGCGCAGACGGUCAACAAUGCCUCCUUCACCUUGGGCACGUCGGACCGGAGCGGGGGGCCUAAACCGGUCGAUCCCAGCCAGCUGUCCAGGCAGAUUCGUCAAUUUUUGACUAACGGCUUCACCGCCGACGGCAACGGGCCGCUCGUCUUGUUUGCCCAGAACCUCGGCACUACCGCCGGCCUCUACAUGGGCAAAGCCGUGGACAUGCGGUCGACGGGGACUGACGCCCUGGUGGCCCUGGAGAACGCGGUCCGCGCCUCCAACGUCACGGGCCGCGCCGUGGCCAUGCAGCUGUGUGGGAAGGGCUAUGACGGGGACCACGUCGUCGGCUUCAUGGCCGCCAGCGGCUCGUCCUUCGCGCCCGUGCAGCAGGCGGUGCAGUCGUGGGCCAAUGCCACCUGCCUGGACCUCAACUCCACGUUGCAGGUCUCCAGCACGGCCAGGUUCACCACGCCCCUGGUGCCGCUGGCAUCCAACGCGACCAUCAACGGCACCGCGACGGGCGCAACCAACGCGACCGCCGCGGCCCGGCUCUACACAACAAGGCUGGGGCGUCGGGAUGACUGCCGGACGAUCCAGGUGGCGGCCGGCGACGGCUGCUCGACGCUGGCGGCCAAGUGUGGCAUCUCGGCCGCCGACUUUACCAAGUACAACCCGGACUCGUCGCUGUGCUCGACCCUGACCCCCGGCCAGCAUGUUUGCUGCUCUGCCGGCACGCUUCCCGACUUCCGGCCCAAGCCCAACGCCGACGGGACGUGCGCCACUUACAAGACGGCGGCCGGCGACUCGUGCUCCAGCAUUGCGGCGAGCAACAGCCUCACGGCCGACGACAUUGAGUCCUUCAACAAUCAGACCUGGGGCUGGAACGGCUGCGACAACUUGUGGACCGGCAUCAACAUCUGCCUGAGCACCGGCGACCCCCCCAUGCCGGCCGCGGACCCCAACGCCAAGUGCGGCCCCACAGUGCCCGGCACCGAGAGGCCGUCCGACUGGUCCGACAUUUCGAAUCUGAACCCGUGCCCGCUCAAUGCCUGCUGCGACGUCUGGGGCCAGUGCGGCGUGACAAAGGAGUUCUGCACCGAUACGGGCACGGGCGCCCCCGGCACGGCCAAGCCCGGCACCAACGGCUGCAUCUCCAACUGCGGCACCGACGUGGUCAAGGGCAGCGCGCCCGCUGAGUUCAUCAAGCUGGCCUACUUCGAGGGCUUCGGCAUGAACCGCCCGUGCCUGUUCCAGGACGCGCGCCAGAUCGACCCGAACCAGUUCAGCCAUAUCCAUUUUGCCUUUGGCACCUUGACAGACGACUUCCAGGUGACGACGGGCGACGCUCUCAGCACGUACGAGUUUAACGCUUUCACGAGGCUGCAGGGCGUGAAGCGCGUCAUCUCCUUCGGCGGCUGGGAUUUCUCGACCAACCCCUCCACCUAUAACAUUUUCCGCAGCGGCGUCACUCCAGCUAAUAGAAUGACUUUGGCCACCAACAUCGCCAACUUCGUCAAAGCUCACAACCUGGACGGAGUCGACAUCGAUUGGGAAUAUCCCGGGGAACCCGACAUUGAGGGAAUCCCUCCCGACUCAGAGGAUUCCCCGACCAACUACCUCGCCUUCUUGGUUGUGCUCAAGAACCUCCUGCCCGGCAAGACCGUGUCGAUCGCGGCGCCGGCGUCCUACUGGUACCUCAAAGCGUUCCCGAUCGCCGCCAUCUCCAAGGUGGUAGACUAUAUUGUGUACAUGACGUACGACCUCCACGGCCAGUGGGACGCUGGCGGCCAGUAUUCGCAGGAGGGCUGCAGCACUGGCAACUGCCUGCGUAGCCACGUCAACUUGACCGAGACUAUGACCGCUCUGUCUAUGAUCACCAAAGCCGGCGUGCCGUCGAACAAGGUCGUCGUCGGUGUCACCAGCUACGGGCGCUCGUUUAACAUGGCCGACCCCAACUGUUACACGCCCAACUGCCAAUACACUGGCUCGAGAUCGCAGUCCGACGCCGAACCGGGCCCUUGCACCGGCACGGCCGGCUACAUCUCCGACGCCGAGAUCAACGACAUCUUGGCGAACACCAGCCGGGUCAGCCAAAACUACAUGGACAGCACCAGCAACAGCCGCGUGGUCGUCUACGACGGCAACCAGUGGGUCGCCUUCAUGGACGACACGGUGCGCUCCGAGCGCUCCAAACUCUACCAGGGGCUUGCCAUGGGCGGCACCACCAACUGGGCCAGCGAUCUGGAGACGUUCAACCCGGCGCCGGACGCGACCGGGUCGUGGGACGACUUCAAGCUCAACAUCAAGAUCGGGAACGACCCGUACGCCGAGGGCGAUCGCCACGGCAAUUGGACCCAAAUUCCCUGCGACGACCCGGCGGUGCAGGACAUUUCCAUGCCGUCGGCCGAGCGUUGGAACAGGCUGGACGGGCCCGACGCCUGGUCCGACGUGAUUUCGGUCUGGAAGGACAUCGACAAGGCGAAGGGCUGGACGUUCACCGCAUCCAUCUCCAACACAAUCCACGGGCCGGAGAAUGCCGACUGCGGCACGCUGACCGACGGGAACAACUGUGAACAGACCCUGCAGUGUGGGUCCGAUUUCGUGGGCGGCGGUUCGGGCGCCGUUGGCUACGAGAUCUGGAAUUCCAUGGUUUCCAUCCACGAGAUAUACAGCACCUACAACAAGGCGCUCUACCAGGCUGCCUCCGGGAGCCUGGACCCUUCGCUCAAGGACUUCGAGAACACGUUUGCGCCCGUUCCGCCCCCGCCCGACGACACCUGGCUGGAGAUUCUCUUGGCUGCGGUCGACCUUGUGGGCACCAUAGGCGUUGCGUCCUACUUCAAUUCUGUCCUCAAGUUCCUGCCUUCCCUCACAACAGAGUCUGGGAAAGUCGCAUAUGACAACCUCAAGGACACGAGCAAGGCGCUGGUCGGGUUCAGCGUGUCAAUCGCCGCGGCGCUCACCGGCAAAGACGAUGGCGGAGAAUGGACCCCAGAAAAACAGGAUGCCUUUUCCGCCUACAUGGGCCAGGUAGUCACUGGUUGGGGCUACGUCAACGAGCAGUCACUCAGAUGGCUUUUUAACGGAUCGGACACGUCUAUCGACCGGCUGACAACCUUGGUCUCCGACGGCAAGUUUAUCGCAGGCGGCGAUCAUCUUAUGCCCAACAUCGCCACGGUGGGAACCAGCGACACCUCGCUCUCGGCUAUACAGGCCAAUAUCUCCAAGGCUUUCUUCGCCUUCGCCAUUCCGCAAAUCUGGUCCCUCUCGGGCACGCAUGCCUUUGUCCUCGACAGCGGCUACCCCUGCGAUACCCAAGACCCGGUAGGGGAUUAUGUGGACACCGACGUCAUGCACAAGACGUUUGGCUGCUACAACGACAAGUUGUACUAUCUCGUCUACCCCGAUGGUGACGCCGAGACCUGUGAUCCGCCUGCCUGCCCUGGCUGCCAGGAGUCCUGCGUGGAUAACAAGUUCUCGAUGCCGCCGGGCCUCGACUCGCUCGACGGGUCGGCCUUCGGCGGCGUCAAGGUGUCGGACCUGAUAGCCGGCGCGGUGCGCAGCUACCAGGCCAACGGAAACGCCAACGGCGGCCCCACGGCGUCCACCAACCAGGGCUCCACACUCGACGACCUCCUGAACUCGGACGUCACCACGCCCGGCUUCAUCAACAUUCCCGUAUGCAGCGCCGACCUGGCAUACCAGGUCUGGUCGGAUCUCUCGAUCGACAAAAGCGUGCCCAACUGGCCGUGCUACAUCAAGCCGUCACCGGACGACUGCCAGGACUCGUCCUUCAUCGACCAGACCAGCGACGCGUCGCCGUCGGUCGACGACUGCAUGGGCAUCGUGCACAACAUCCAGGGCACACAGGGCGAGUGGGAGGUCGAGAACGCCAUCGGCGAGCAGCACCAGCUCGUCCAGUACGGCAGCUGCAAAUUCGGCAUCCAGGGCCUCAACAAGCAGGGCAACGUCGCCUUCUACGUCGGCGCCCAGGACAUCGUCGACAUCAUCACCGACUCGAUCAAGCAGUUUGGCGGCAGCGGCAAGGUGGGCGCCAAGGGCUACAUGGACUGCAGGGGCAACGUGAACGACCAGGACGUCGAGUGGGGUCUGUACUAG